AUGGAAGAAUCUGGAAAACAAGCGAUUCGAGAUGAAUCUCUCCGCCGUGAAGAUACUUUGGAAGGUUUUGAGAUAGAUCGUCCCGAACCGACUUCCGAGAUCCAGAAGACACAAGAGACGGACCAAUUAAUCGCGCAGAUGACUACUCGAUGGCUUCAAAUUCAUCAAGAAUACAUAACCGAGGGUUUAGGAGCUUACAAUCCAUACCAGGAAGAGGCCGUCCAGCGAGAACUAAGCAACCGUCCUACCGCUGAAAAGUGGUAG